CUAAAAUUAGCGGAAAAUGCCUGAACGACCCGAACUAACGUUAGGACCUCGGGCGCUCGCGGCAGUUUUGACGCCCAUGAGUUUCCUCGGCUGCGACAACAACAGCUUCGCUAUGAGGGGACUGCACCAGAUCCUGGUCGAAGUGAAACCUGAACUGAAACCGCUGCCCGGCGUCGCUCUGCUGGCAAAGUCGCACGGCAUCAAAGUACCGCCGAAUGAUCGCUAUUCGUACGGGGUUGACUGCGAUGAAGUCUACCCGGGCAUCUUCGUCGGUGACGAAGGUGCUGCACGCAACAAGCACUACCUGCGUGGUCUAGGUGUGACCCAUGUACUCAACACUGCGGAGGGUUCCCAGUUUGGUCAGGUGGACACAAGCCAGGCAUUUUAUAACAGCCAUGGCAUCUCUUACUUGGGCUACGCCUUGUUGACAACCACAGGAAGACAUCGCAGCACACUUUGACAAAUGCGCCAACUUAUUGAUGACUGCCUUG